AUGUCGCAAUCUCCAAAUGUCAGCGCUCUCAUCCAAUUAGCCAGCGACAUUCACAAAAACAAGCCACCCGAAACGAUCUUAAAGUCACUCGAAAACACUGUAGCUGCCCUCUUCGGCUACAGUUUGUUCACCGUCUUGGUUUACGAUGCGAAAUCAUCCACCAUAAGUCGCAUAUACUCAACGAGACAGGAUGUCCAGCCCGUCGGCACCCGCAAAAAGGUCACGUCAAGCCCUUGGGCGCAAUUGGUCCUUAAGGAUGGACGGAUGUAUCUCGGGUCUACCAUCGAGGACAUGAAGGUCUUUUCUGAGUAUGAGUUCCUCGCCACGAUUGGAUGCGAAAGCGUUUUGAACGUUCCAAUUCGAAGCAGUUUGAGUGGAGAGAUCAUUGGAGCAUUGGCUCUUCUGGGAGAGCCUCACAAGUACGACGAUGCGGAUCAGGGCCUGGCGGUGCUAGUCGCUGUUCUUGUGGCUGGCGUGGUAGAGGCAUCGAGGGAUGAGGUAUUGUCACGGCCCUUUGAUUCGGCCAAAAUGGAGACAGUUUGA